CCACAACCUUCUUUCUCUCUCCAUCUUUGAUCUCUUCUCUCGUCUCCCAGGGAAAUAAAUCAAAAAUGAUCACCGGCAAAGACAUGUACGACGUACUAGCGGCAAUGGUGCCGCUAUACGUAGCUAUGAUGCUUGCCUACGGUUCGGUUCGGUGGUGGGGAAUAUUCACACCGGACCAAUGUUCCGGUAUAAACCGGUUCGUAGCGGUUUUCGCGGUUCCUCUUCUGUCUUUCCAUUUCAUUUCCUCCAAUGAUCCUUAUGCUAUGGAUUACCAGUUCCUAGCCGCUGAUUCACUUCAGAAAGUCGUCAUCCUUUCCGCACUCUUUCUUUGGCAGGCGUUUAGUCGCAGAGGAAGUCUAGAAUGGAUGAUAACUCUCUUUUCCCUAUCGACACUACCCAACACGUUGGUAAUGGGAAUCCCAUUGCUACGGGCGAUGUACGGAGACUUUUCAGGCAAUUUAAUGGUACAAAUCGUGGUGCUUCAAAGUAUCAUAUGGUAUACACUAAUGCUCUUCUUGUUUGAGUUCCGUGGCGCUAAGCUUCUCAUCUCCGAGCAGUUCCCUGAAACUGCCGGUUCCAUCACUUCUUUCAGAGUUGAUUCUGAUGUUCUAUCUCUCAAUGGCCGUGAACCCCUCGAGACCGAUGCGGAGAUAGGUGACGACGGAAAGCUCCACGUGGUGGUCCGAAGAUCAAGCGCUGCCUCAUCGAUGAUCUCAUCGUUCAACAAAUCUCACGGCGGAGGACUUAACUCCUCCAUGAUCACGCCACGAGCCUCAAAUCUCACCGGCGUCGAGAUUUACUCUGUUCAGUCGUCAAGAGAGCCAACGCCGAGAGCUUCUAGCUUCAACCAGACAGACUUCUACGCUAUGUUUAACGCUAGCAAAGCUCCGAGCCCUCGUCACGGCUAUGCCAAUAGCUACGGAGGCGCUGGGUCAGGCCCCGGCGGAGAUGUUUACUCGCUUCAGUCGUCUAAAGGAGUGACGCCGAGGACGUCAAAUUUUGAUGAGGAAGCUUUGAAGGCAAAGAAAGGAGGUAGAGGAGCUAAAAGUAUGAGUGGUGAACUAUACAACAACAACAGUGUUCCGUCGUACCCACCACCGAACCCGAUGUUCAAAGGGUCCACGAGCGGAGCAAGUGGAGUCAAGAAAAAGGAAAGUGUAAGUGGUGGUGGAGGAAGCGGCGGAGGAGAACAGAACAAGGAGAUGAACAUGUUUGUGUGGAGUUCGAGUGCUUCUCCGGUGUCGGAAGCCCACGCGAGGAACGCUAUUACCAGAGGUGCCUCUGCCUCCACCGAGUCAUCCGCGGACCCUAAAGCUUAUCUUCCACCUCACGAAAACCUCGCUUCCAAAGCGAUGCACAAUCUGAUAGAGAACAUGACACCCGGGAGAAAAGCGCAUCUGGAGAUGGACCAAGAGGGUGGUAAUAACGAAGGUAAGUCAGGGGUAAAUUCGUCACCUUACAACGGAAAGAAAGGCAGUGACGUGGAAGACGGUGGUCCCGGCGGUCCGAGGAAACAGCAGAUGCCGCCGGCCAGUGUGAUGACGAGACUAAUACUGAUAAUGGUUUGGAGAAAACUUAUUCGAAACCCUAACACUUACUCUAGUCUCUUUGGCCUUGCCUGGUCCCUUAUCUCCUUCAAGUGGAAUAUAAAGAUGCCAACAAUAAUGAGUGGAUCGAUUUCGAUAUUAUCUGAUGCAGGUCUUGGCAUGGCUAUGUUUAGUCUUGGUCUAUUUAUGGCAUUGCAACCGAAGAUAAUCGCAUGUGGAAAAUCAGUGGCAGUCUUUGCGAUGGCCGUGAGGUUCUUGACCGGACCAGCUGUAAUCGCAGCCACCUCAAUUGCAAUUGGUCUUCGAGGCAAUCUCCUACAUGUCGCCAUCGUUCAGGCUGCUCUUCCUCAAGGAAUCGUUCCUUUUGUUUUCGCCAAGGAAUAUAACGUCCAUCCUGAUAUUCUCAGCACUGCAGUUAUAUUCGGAAUGCUGGUUGCUUUGCCUGUAACAGUACUCUACUACAUUCUUUUGGGCAUUUAAGUUAUAAUCAAAACGUAAUGGCAAAUCAAAGGCGAUCGAUACGACCAAAGGUGAAUUUUUAAAAACAAAGAUUUACUAAGAAAAACCAAGACUAAUUCAUCCAGGUCAGGCUUUUUUUUUUGGUAAAAUGUUAAAUUAUCCAGGUCAGGCUCAGGUGGAUGGACCAUGCAAUGUCGCAUUAAAUUAAUCUAUAGCAUUUGGUAAUAGAGAUUUUAGUUAGUUUUGUGUAAUUUAUACGCACAUGCAUGUACGUGACUCUUUGUAACAUUUAUUAAAUUUUUGGGAUGUGCGUACAAUAGUGUUU